AAAAGGGGUCGUUUUCGCAACCUUCCGUAACUGGAGGCGAAAUACAUCUUCGUCCUCCACCCCUCCUCCUUGUUAAACCCUACUGCUCCCGCUUUGGGCACCUGUGCUGAGGAAUCGAAAGCUAUUUAGGGACUAUUAGUCGAACAAGGAAGAUAUGAAUGCUUUCAAGGCCUUCAAAGCCCAUGUUCCAAUUGAAUGGAGCCCUAACCUUUAUAUAACCCUUGUGAGGGGGAUCCCAGGCACCAGGAGGCUGCACAGACGCACUUUAGAAGCAUUGCGCCUCCGCAAAUGCAACCGUACUGUCAUGCGGUGGAACACACCCACGGUUAGGGGAAUGCUUCAACAGGUUAAAAGAUUGGUUGUAAUUGAAACAGAAGAAAUGUAUAAGGCUCGCAAACAGGCAGACGCCAACCAUCGAGCUCUUCGGCCCCCAUUGGUUGUUAGUCAUCUUCCAAGUUCAGGAACAGAUUCUUUGAAACAAUCUUAAAAGAAUAUAUUUGGUUUGCUCUUCUAUCUUUGUUUUUACAGGAUUCUGCUUCCUUUAUAAGCUUUUGUUGUCUCCCUAUCAUAAAUUAUGAAACCUAUAUUUUAGUAAGUAAACGUUUGUAUCUUUUUACAGUCACUGCUUUACUUUAGUUUUAGUUUUCUAUUUCUUUUUUUCCUGGAUUCUUGAAAGGAAUAGAGGAUAAAUCAGAGACAGCAAUGCUUAGUUGGGACUUGUAUGAAUCCUAUCUAUGUAUCAUUACUUUGUAUAAGUGGCUUGCAUCUGUUUUUAGAUAGAAUGAGUUACGGAUUUUGUAGAAUCCAUGUUUUAGGAGCAGUUGUAGUUUGCAGUUGCCAAAGUAAGAAAUGAAAGGUGAAAGAACGUUAUGAUAAAAGGUUAUGAUUAAA